CUUUCAUAAAAAGAUCACAAUCGUCGAAUUUUCUUUGAAGCGCCAAGCUAUGUAUCUGUGCACCGGCUUUUCAUGUUAUUGUAUCUGUAAAUAGACUUAUGGCAUUUAAUUAUUAUUGAUUAUGAGUGUUUCUGCGCAUGUUAAGUAGAAACUGAUACGUUUUACCUGACGAUCGAACGGGCUAACAUGGUAAUCACUGACUUAUCCCCACUGUCUAGACUCAGACAUUUUGGCCUAACUAAUAAUAAUACAUAAUUGCCUAUUGUUGCUAUGGAGUAGUCCGACGUCUGGGAGAAGUACGGAAUUCCACGGAAUCUGAGUGUUGGCUCUGCGAUGAAAUCAAAGUAUAUGUAGAAUGCCUAGGCGAAAAUGUCGUUGUCAUCCGUACCGAAAUCUUGGUCCUCCUCCCAACUGAAUAUGGCCAAAUUUCUGAUAAGGAGCGAAGUACGCUGCGGCGGCGGAGGAUGUCAUCCUAGCUGAGACUGCCUCCCGGUCGCCGUCCGGGAGAUGGCACUUCCGGCGGCUGACUCUCCUACAAUGCUGCUCUCCCCUUCCGCACCGCUUCCGUGUUCACGCGUCACGGGACGCAGUGCCUGUCAGGUGCAUGGGCCGCCCCUGGGGGGCUGCACACAAUCCGUGGCGUCCGAUGAAAAUACAAAAGAUGACCUUUUGGGAGCAUUUAUCGGCCACAUGUACCUAAUCGGGCAUAUUAUUGGCAAGGGCAGUUUUGGAACGAUACGCCUGUGUAAUUCGGGACGUCCCAAACAUUUUGUAGUGGCCAAGAUUGAGCAGCGUCGGCCGGGUCGGAAGUGCCGCUUGGCGGAUGAAUUUAAUAUCCUCCAGGAGAUUCGGGGUGCGGGUGGAUUCCCCAAAGUGCACUACUACUGCGAGGUGGACGCCAGUAAUGUGAUAGUGCUGGAUAUGUUGGGACCCACACUGGAUGACCUUUUGACCAGGGUGGGAGGGACGUUCAGUAAGAAGACGAUGGCGUUGAUUGGACUGCAGCUGAUGGAUCGAUUGGAGUUUCUGCAUUCACGGAAUAUUUUGUAUCGGGACGUGAAGGGGGAAAAUUUGCUUAUUGGGCUGUAUGACCAUCAUAAUCGGAUACAUAUUGUGGAUUUUGGUUUAUGUCGUCACGCAUUUAAGGAAGAUGGCCAAGGGUAUACUCCUGUUGGAACCCCGCGAUACAUGAGUUUAGCAACGCAUGCCGGUCGGGCUUCGACGUACCGCGACGACGUGGAAUCAGUCGGGUAUUUACUGGUGUAUUUCGUUUUGGGCCGACUUCCAUGGCAAGGUAUGCCGGCAGCCAGUACCGACACGAAAAUCGCCAUGAUUGCCAAUAAGAAAAUGAAUACAUCCUUAAAAGAACUAUGCAACGGCAUUGCUCCGCAGAUGCGCGAAUAUCUUCAGGCCGCACGCCAGUUAGAAUUUAACCAGUUCCCGGACUAUGGAUACUUUCGUGGACUGCUCAAGACCAUCUUGAAGACAUCCGUCAACGACAACGAACGCUUCUUUGACUGGCAGAAGCCGGGUAUCAAGCUGACAGUGUCGCCGAAACACACGUAUCCCACUGCGCUCAGCGUUAAGCAUGAUGUCGAUGAGCAGAAUGUGGUGGAUCUGCGAGUGCCCACGCGGGAAAUAUCGGCAGCCAACAGCUUCGAAACACGCUUCAAGAAAGUGCUAAGAACAAAAGCGGUCGGCAAAUUGUCCAAUCCGGAAGUCAAUAAAGAGCUGCACACUCCGGACUCGUUGCAAAGGAGAAAGAAUACCAUUGGCCAAAACGUACGCCAAAGUGGACGAGAAACAAGGACCACCAGAAGUUAAUAACUCCGGAUUGUUGCCGACGAUUUUCACGAAAUCCCAUUUUUACCACAUCAUCCAUUUUGUAGUUUUGUUUUCAUUUAGUAGUCUCCUUUCCUUUUUUAAUUUUUCUUGUUGUUAGAAUUGGAAUGGUCGUUAUUGUAUGUUGAGUCAGUAAAUUUAUCAUGAAGUGUUAUCAAAGGAAUGAGAUAUUGAGAUUUUUAUUUGUGAUGGAUUUCAGAUCUAAUUGCAACCUUUAAUUUUCUUAUUUUCAAGAUUAUUUAUUCAAUUAAUGUGUAUCGAUCAAAGUACUUAAAUGUUUGGGACAUUAAUAAACAAGCAGGUG